AUGUCCGAUUUACAUCAUUUAUUGACUUUUCCUGAAAGACCUAUCUCAGAGUCCUCGUACUUACCUGAAUUGACAAGACUUCUCAGUGCAGGGAUUCCUGCUACGUAUACUUUGGAACAAGCAGCUGCAUUCGAAAGGGGAGAAGAGGUCACUGAAGAGGACUCCAACACUACUCCACUACAUAUUCUAUGUCGUUCUUUACCUAGUUUUGAGGGAUCCUCCAAGCUUUCUGAAGAUGAGGAAUCAGUGGUAUUGAAAUUGAUGGAUACGUUACUCGAAUACGGGGCAGGAUGGAACUUCCUAGAUUACGAGAAUAAGCAUAUUGGCGACCUUGUCUUGGAGAGGAAGUAUCCACAAGACCAUUGCAUAUAUCAACGUAUCGUGGACGCAGGUGUAUCGGCGGAACUACUACUAAGAAAGAUAGACGGUGGUGAAAUUGAAUUCAUUGAAGAUCCAGAAGAUGCUGCCACUGAGGCUGCCACUGAGGCUGCCACUGAGGCUGAAGUCAUUGAAGGAGUGACAAAGGGGUCGGAGGAAGCACCAUUUGAGGAUGCGACUGCAGCAGACCAGGCUACAUAUCUAAAGACCGACUUGGAAUACACAGACGAUGCUCUUGUCACUAAAGAAAACAGAGACGGUGUCAUGAUGGAUUGGGAGACCGAUAUCAUGUCAAUGGCAGCCAAAUCACUAGUAUCUACCAGGUCCACAGAUGAAUGUGUCGUACUAAAUAUCGGAUUUGGUAUGGGGAUCAUAGACAAUUUCAUCCAGGAUGAGAAAGUGACCAAACACUACAUCUGUGAAGCCCAUCCAGACGUACUGGCCAAAAUGAAGGAAACUGGUUGGUUCGAUAAAGAAAACGUUGUUAUACUCGAGGGUAGAUGGCAAUCUCGUCUAAACGAACUUUUGGAUCAAGGAGAAGUGUUUUUCGACGGCAUAUAUUACGAUACGUUCAGUGAACAUUACCAAGAUAUGCUGGACUUGUACGACGUGAUUGUCGGACUACUGAAACCAGAGGGUACGUUUUCGUUCUUUAACGGAUUGGGGGCUGAUAGACCCGUUUGUUACGACGUUUAUCGUAAGAUAGUAGAGCUAGACGUAGCAAAUUAUGGCAUGGAAUGUAGAUACCAAGUGAUAAACUUGAGGACCUUACCAAAUUGGAACGACGUCAAGAGAUCCUAUUUCAACUGUACAUACUACUACCAUCCUGAAAUCAGGUUUGCAUAG